AUGGCUUUGUAUUUGGCUACUAUUCAUCCCUUUUCGCGUACAUACUUAUGGGUGAGCACGAUUACUAAACGACUUUUAAGUGAACCCAAGACUACAGACGGAAAGAUUCUCAGAAAAAACAUCCAAAUUCGCACCAAAGCAAAGUCAAUCCAGUUAAUGUUUGCCGUGGUCAUUUUAUACGGAAUAUGUUGGACACCAAUCAAAUUCUACCAAAUGGCCCAUCACUUCAUUCCGGGACUCUUUGACUUUUGCACAAAAUCUCAUAAGAUACGAUAA